ACACUUCCGCAUGGCAACCAUGGAGGAUGCUGUCGUUUUUAAAGUAUCUUUCACGUUCCCAAACAAAGAAAAGUAUGAAGGGGAAUGCAAAAAGACACCUGAGGGUUUGUUGCAGAGGAAUGGGCUUGGAGUUCAUACCAGUGCCAACGGAAUGAUAUACACUGGUAACUGGUUAAAUGACAAGAUGAAUGGUACUGGAAGGCUAGAACAUCCUUCUGGGGCUGUUUAUGAAGGCGAAUUCAAAGACAACAUGUAUCACGGGGCAGGAACCUACACAUUUCCAAGUGGAGCAAAGUACAUUGGACCAUUCAAUGAAAACAAGAUGGAAGGUGAAGGAGACUUCAUAGAUGAAAAUGGAGUGGUGUGGACUGGCACAUUCAAUGGCACAAAAGCAGCAGGACUGAAGCAUAAGCUGAAAAUGUAGCUAUUUGGCACUGUCAAAGCUACCCCAUUUGAUCUCACUCUAGGUUCAACAGCUGUCAUUGAUUUCUUCAUGUAUUCAUUGAAAAUGAUGCCUUUGGUCACUGGUAAAUAAAACACAGUUACUUUUCUUAGCAAAUUGAUCAGAUGAAGUAAACAGAGGAAUGGGGUUGAACAGGUUAAAUUUAGAAGUAGAGCAGUAAAUUACUGGAUUUUUUUUUUAUUUUAACUUGACCUAUUUUAACUUAACCUUUCUUGCUGGGUUUCAAACAACAUAUAUCAGCAAACUAAUCCUAAUUUACGCUCAACUUCUCUAAUUUUUCCCUGGAAAACAAACCUGCCAACCCACAGAAGCCUUUGGAAACACAGUGCUUGCAUUUGCACUAAGCGUGGCACUGCACAGCGGGAUCAGGACAGAGAGCAAGUGCAGCUGCAGCAUGGCAGCUACUCCUCCCAGGACAAUCCUGCACAACCCAGGCUCCAGCAGUACACAGCUCAAAAACAUGUGCCAAGGCUAUUUUUCUCUGGGGGGGAAGUGGGCAAGUGAGCUCACAGGGAGCUGACUGCUGCCACUGCUAGCACAAGGUCUAAUGCAAUAAAAUAAAUAUGCUUCUAUUUUUG